AUGAGCAAGAGUACUGCUACUACCACACCGUGCUGCAGCAAAGUUGGGAUCAAGAAAGGACCAUGGAGCGCCGAGGAAGACGAGAUCCUGUCCAAAUUUGUCCAGAAGGAAGGGGAGGGGCGGUGGCGUACGCUCCCCAAGCGGGCCGGGCUGCAGCGCUGCGGCAAGAGCUGCCGCCUCCGCUGGAUGAACUACCUCCGCCCCUCCGUCAAGCGAGGCCAGAUCGCUCCUGACGAGGAGGAUCUCAUCCUCCGCCUUCACCGUCUCUUGGGCAACAGGUGGGCUUUGAUAGCUGGCAGAUUACCUGGCAGGACUGAUAACGAGAUCAAGAAUUACUGGAAUACCCAUCUAAGCAAGAAGCUCAUAAAGCGAGGCAUAGAUCCAAGAACCCAUAAGCCAUUAAUCACCACCAAUUAUUCUACUACUCCUGUUACUACUUCAAAUGGAGGUGUUUUUCAUCAUCAUCAUCAACAUUCAAUCAUAAUGCCGCUGCAGCACCAACCUACGAUGACUGUGAAUCCUGCGUCAGAAAUUGGUAAUGUCAACAACAGCAAAUUUGAUUAUGCUCCAAUAAUUAGUGCUGGUGGGAACAUUAUGGAAGAGAAUAAUAAUAAUAAUAAUAAUAAUGUUGUUGUUGAUUAUCAUCAUCAUGGCGGAAAUAAUGGGAAUAAUAAUAAUGAUGUUGAGGAGGAAGAUACAUUGUUGGUUUUUCUGAAUUCUUUAUUUGAUGGUGGUAACAAUGAAGUGAUGAAUAAUAACAAUAAUAAUAAUAAUAAUAAUGAUAAUAGUGGAACAGACGAACUAGCGGUGUUUCAGCAUCAUGAUGAUGAUGAGGGUGAUGUUACAAUGUUCCCUCCACCGCUUUCAACAUCUUUUCGUCUUGAAGAUUGGGAAGCAGAAUUUAGCAAUGCACUUAUAAAUCAACAAGAUGGUUCAUCAUCAUCAUCACCUCCUAAUAAGUAA